AUGACGAAGAACAAGAUCAUCGGACACGCGCCGGACCGCAGCGACCUCGCCCCAGCCUCCGACUUUGGCGUCACCCUCGACCCCCUCGCCCUCGAGUAUGCGCAUGACUCGGAGGCGCUUGCUCAAGCCUAUGGCGGGUCGGGAAUCAAGGCGCUGUUCCGGAACUGGAUCGCCCUCAUGUGUUCCCUGUGCGCGUGCACUGGCGGUCUACUCUUUGGCUUUGACCAAGGCCUGGUAUCAAUCGUGUUGGUUAUGCCUAAUUUCCUGCACCAGUUUCCCGAGGUCGAUGAAACGGUCACCUCGGCCGCGGCUCUCAAUAAGGGUAUCAUGACGGCGCUUCUCGAGCUUGGCGCGUUUAUGGGUGCGAUCAUGGCUGGAUUCGUUGCGGACCGGUACUCCCGCAAGGCAUCUAUUGCUGUGGGGUUGACGUGGUUCGUCAUCGGGUCGACGCUGCAGACGGCGUCGUUCCAGCUCGCCCAGCUGAUUAUUGGGCGUUUCGUCGGGGGUAUUGGGAUUGGCGUACUCUCUACAACGUCGCCGAUGUACAUCUCGGAGAUUGCACCUCCGAACGCCCGCGGAGCCAUGUUGGCUCUCGGUGAGGUGUCUAUCGUCCUCGGCAUUGUGGUUAUGUUUUACAUCACGUACGCGACGCGAUUCAUCGCCGGGGAGUGGAGCUACCGCCUCCCGUUCCUGAUCCAGAUGGUGCCGGCAAUUCCUCUCGCCAUCGGGCUCUUCUUCCUCCCAUACUCCCCGCGUUGGCUCGCCUCACGUGGCCGCGACGAGGAGAGCCUCAAGACCCUAUGCCGCCUGCGCCGCCUCCCGUCCUCCGACCCGCGUGUCCAGGCCGAGUGGCUCAAUAUUCGGGCUGAAGCCUGUCGCAACCGCGAGGACCUGGUUGAGCGUCACCCCAAGGCGCAGGGUGACAGUUUCGGGCAGCAGCUCAAGAUGGAGGUCGCGUGCUGGGUCGAUAUGUUCCGAAGCGGUAUUAUCCGGCGUACCCUCGUCGGUAUCGUCCUCAUGUUCUUCCAGCAGUUCACGGGUAUCAAUGCUCUCAUCUACUACUCGCCCACGCUGUUCCAGACUCUGGGUCUCGAUUAUGAGAUGCAGCUUACUCUCUCGGGCGUUAUGAAUGUCGCCCAGCUCGUCGCUGUCAUUCCACCAGUGUACUUCCUGGACGUGAUCGGGCGUAAGCUACCUCUUAUGAUCGGCUCGGCUGGUAUGGCACUCUCGCACUUUGUCGUCGCAGGCAUGAUUGGGCAAUACGGGCACGACUGGGCGAACCAUUCUACUCAGGCAUGGGUUGGCGUCGCGUUCAUCAUCUUCUUCAUGAUCCCCUUCGGUAGCUCCUGGGGCCCGGUGCCUUGGUCGCUGCCUGCCGAAAUCUUCCCAUCUUCGCGCCGCGCCAAGGGUGUCGCCCUCGCUACGUGCUCCAACUGGUUCAAUAACUUCAUUAUUGGUCUGAUCACACCCCCCCUCGUCAAGGGAACCGGGUACGGCGCAUUCGUCUUCUUCGGCGUGUUCAGCGCCCUGUCGGGGGUGUGGACAUUCUUCUGCGUGCCUGAGACCAAGGGCAUUACGCUCGAGCAGAUGGACAGCGUCUUUGGCGGACACUUUGCCCAUGAUGAGCUCGAGGCCAAGGACCAGAUCAUGGGUAUCCUCAUGGGAGGUAACCCAAACCCGAGCAUCAGCGAUGGCAAGCCCGACGCGGAGUGGAAGGAGCACGUGUAG